GAAUCAGGUGCCAUUUUAGGCCGUCGUUAUUGGAGUCGUCGUUCUCAUUGGUGUGAUUCCAUUUUGGAGUCGUCAUUUUCUGGAACAUUCGUUGGUAUAAAUAGAUGCCAUUUUGGAGUCAUCGUUUUUGUAGUCAUCAUUUCUUGUAGUAUCACUGUCACUGGAGUCAAUUUCUGUUUUCGUGAUACUGUCGAGAUCACUCAAUUUCCAUUUGCGUGA